UCUCGGCUCUGGGUGGCGCUGUAUCUCUUUGUUUAUCUGCGCCGCCUCUCACGGAUGUGAGUACCCGCCUGACUGACGUGUCUGUCCGCUCGUCGAGCUUCAGUCCGCGGCUGUCGACGACCAGAGGAGCCCGAGCGAGUUAGCUUCCCCUCCACCACCUCCACCAGCACCAACCACCGAGCUACAACACGAGUUAGUCCGGCGUGGUGACCCUCUCCUCACACGGCGCUAUGAUGCGGUGGUGACCCCGGGUCGGCCAGGCCGUGAGAUGAUUGCAGCUUGGCACCGAGAGACAAAGACGGAGCCGAGUGAUUGAGGGAAAAGAAGAAUGGGCAGGAGCGUCUGGGCAUGCUGGCAAGGUGUCCUCUCUACCGCUGUGCUCUACGGCUCUCUGGCCUUGUUUACAUCCAUCCUGCACAAUGUGUUCCUCCUCUACUACGUGGAGACGUUUGUGUCCAUCUACAAGAUCGAUAAAGUCUCCUUCUGGGUGGGAGAGACAAUUUUCCUGAUAUGGAACAGUCUGAACGACCCUCUCUUCGGCUGGCUGAGUGAUCGCUCCUUCCUCAGCUCUCCUCAGUCAGGCUCUCCGAUCACGACCCCAGAGGUGGUGCUAAAGCGCCUGAAGGCCCUCUCCACGAAUGGCCCCCUCUUCGCUCUGUCCUUCCUGGCCUUCUGGGUGGCGUGGGCCAGACCGGGACUACAGUUCCUUCUGUGCCUGUGUCUGUACGACGGCUUCCUCACCAUGGUGGACCUCCACCACAGCGCCCUGCUGGCCGACCUCGCCGUGUCCGCCAGCGACCGCACGCGCCUCAACUUCCACUGCUCCGUGUUCAGCGCUUUGGGCUCCUUCUCCGUCUUUCUGUCUUACUCCUUCUGGGACAAGGAGGAUUUCUACUCCUUCCGUCUCUUCUGUGUGACGCUGGCAGCUUUUUCCGUCUUGGGCUUUUUCUUGGUGUCUCGGCUGCUUCGGUUUCGUUUCCAGAAGGAGGUCCGUCGACAGGAUGAAGCGCAGAUGCUGAAAGAGCUGAGCGUUGGCCACGCUCCACUUACCCAUCCAGAAAGCCCGGUCACCAUCAGACAGUACCUCAAGCAGCUCUCUAAACACAAGAACUUCAUGUGGUUCGUGUCCAUGAACCUCGUUCAGGUGUUUCACUGCCAUUUCAACAGCAACUUCUUCCCUCUUUUCCUGGAGCACCUGCUGUCCGACAAUAUUUCUGCCUCCACAGGUUCAAUCUUACUCGGCGUCUCUUACAUUGCCCCUCACCUCAACAACUUGUAUUUCCUGACACUGUGCCAGCGUUACGGGGUUUACCAGGUUAUCCGCUGGCUGUUUAUGCUCAAGCUGGGACUCAGUGUGGCUAUGCUGCUGGCAGGGGCUGACCACAUUUAUCUGCUGUGCAUCUUCAUCGCGAGUAACCGGGUGUUUACGGAGGGGACGUGCAAGCUGCUGAAGCUGGUGAUUUCCGACCUGGUGGACGAGGACUUUGUGGUCAAUCGGCGUCAGCAGGCCGCCUCGGCGCUCCUCUUCGGGAUGGUUGCCUUGUUGACCAAACCUGGCCAGACGUUCGCCCCUCUGAUCGGCACCUGGCUGCUGUGUGUUUACACAGGUUAUGAUAUUUUUGAGAGGGAACCUGUGAAGGACUCUCUGGUCUCCGUGCCUGACGUUGCCUCCGGCUCAGGGACUCCGCCUCUGCGCCUGGGCUGCUUCUACAUGCUGGUGUUCGUGCCUAUCACCUGUGCCCUGCUGCAGCUGGCUGCCUGGUCUCGCUUCACACUCCACGGCCGCAAGCUGCAAGGGAUCAAGAACCUGAGGCAAGGGGCCCAGCAGGGUCUCCUUAUCGAUGUCAAGGCCAUCUGAACUGAAAAAAAGCUGCACACAGACACUUUUUUUUUCUGUCUCUCACAAGCUCCUUUUUGAUAACGGCUAUGAAGACGACGACGUCUUCACUGUGCAGCCCAGCCUGGUGCACGAGAAUAUGAACCACCACACGACGCUUUGUGUGUUUGUGGACAGUGAAAAAUGCACGACAGGCUGACAGACGUGGUUUAAACUUGCCUUAUUUUUAUAAUAAAAUAUUGACCUAUAUUUAUAUUUGAACAGAUGACCAAAAAAAGUAGAACCAAUCAGUCCUUUUUUUCUUUUUUUUUGGAUGAAGACGGACCAAGGUGACUUCACGUCGCGGUGCGCCAAAGAUGCGGUGGCUUCUUCUUUUUAAAAAUAAAUCUGUUUGUAAAGUAUAUUUGUGGUCUAGAGUGCCGUUGCUGCUCGGUGAUUUGUCCGUAACAUCAGCCUGGUUUUUAAAAAACGAGGCGGUUUAUCAGCUCCAGUUCUGAUUUCUAAUGAAGAAAAUGAAACAAAGACGCAUUAACCUGUUUGUUCAGAGUGCUGCAUGAGAGCUCCACCUCAGAGCUUCUUUACAUUCACACAGAGCGACCUGCCAGUUUGAUGUUGAACUGUAUUUUCUGACACACUCAGUAUUGAUUGUGUUUUCGUUUGCACAAAACUGCCAUUUGUCUGUUUGUACUUCUAACAUUCUGAUCGUGACUUAUUUUAUUUACUGUUAGGUAGGUAGGAAAUGACGCUGAUGAACAUGUUGUCAGUUCUCUCUUUUGUAAUUUUUCAGAUUCUAUAACGAAUGUGUGGCAUUACCACAAAUAAACCUCAUCUAUGUUUAAAGUCAA